CUGUUUGAACGACUUCCUGGUCCAGAAAUUUCUGACAUUAUCGCGAUAGGAAGCCUGCUCUUAUGCAGUUCAGCGACAACGGCCCUGAUACUGGAAUACGAAACUACCGUUGUUAUCUAGCACAAAAUCAAAAAACCUGCGUGUGUCGCUUUAGAAAGAAAGAGAAGCACCCCCCGGACUCUGCUAUGGUCCGAGACAGCACCGAGAAGCCAGACAUAUGGGGAUGAGAGGCAGUCAGUUAUUUCAGCGUUAUCAGCUGUGGGCCCGUUGACUCUCUGUGCUGGCUCAGGAUGGCGCAGGGAGGCUCUCAGUUAGACUACCACAUCCUGCAGGACCUCAAGCAGCGCUUCCCAGAGAUCCCAGAAGGGGUAGUGUCCCAGUGCCUUCUGCAGAACAACAAUAACCUGGAUCUCUGCUGCCACCUGCUGGCUCAGGAGAGCAAUAGAUACCUCUAUGGGGAGUUCCACCACAGUCCAGAGGAGGUGCGCCUGAACCGAAACCACAUGCUACUGUGUUAUCCACCACCAGAGGCAGGCAAGGCGAAUGGAGGAGCACCGGGAGUGGGGCGCUCUCUAGUGCACAGCUCCAGUGACAGUCACAUUGAACCCCAGCGGCCCAACUACCCUGAGCCACUCUCAGCGCCUGCUACCAUGGCCCCCUCCCCAGGCUACAACCCUUUCUUUAUGAACGAUCAGAGCCGCUCGGCUAGCACACCCACGCCUCCCCCCACCAUGCAGGGCAUGUCUCCCACCUACUCUCCAGUUCCGCGUUACACUAUGAACCCUAUAACAGUCACCUUGUCCCAGAAUAUACCCAAUGCCCCACAGGCCUUGCAGAUCCCCCCUGGGCACUAUGCCAACAGUGGCAAUACCACUCUCUAUAUUCGACCCUCACCUUCCCAGAGCCCGCAGCCAGCCCCCUGGUCCUCUUCUGGCACACCGGUUUAUCAGCAUCAGCAGUCCCCCUACAGCACUCCCACAUAUGGCUCACCCUAUAGUUCCCCUCAGCAUCAGGUUCAGCCUCAGCCCCAACCCCAGCCCCAACCCCAGCCACAGCAUCAACCACAACCCCAGCCCCAGCCACAACCCCAGCACCAGCAGUAUGUCUUCCUCCCCAUUAGCUCCCCAACCCUUCCCAGCAUGCCCUAUCACCACCAGCAACAACCCCAGCAGCAGCCACCUGUUUACAGGCCCUACCACUCCAAGAGCUCGCUCAAAAACCAGAUUGAGAUUACCCUGGAGGGCCCAAGGCCCCGCAGUAACUCCCCUGUGCACAGCCCCCACCCCCAGGGAGCUCUCUACAUGGCUACCAGCCCAUCACCCAGCUCACCCUCCAGGGGCAUCAGUAUGAGUGGACCCCCAGGGCCAGCUUCCUUCCACCCUGGUAUGUACCGGCAGCACCAGGGCCCCACAAGACCACGACCUGCCUCCUCUCCCCAGCCAGCCCAGCCGGCCUACACCUUUAAAAUUAAAGUCUCCCCGGGAGGCCAAGCACAAAGGCCCCCCAGCUCACCGCCCGUAGCUGAAGCAGAGUCUCUCCUCAACAUAGUAGAUCAAGGGGAGCACAAUGCUGCCCCUGCACCCAUCCUGCCCAUCUGUGCUCUGCCAGGGAACAUUUCCAGCCAAUUCCAGCACAUGCCGCGACGUUCUAGCUCAGGCUCUGAUGACUAUGCCUACACACAAGCUCUACUGCUCCACCAGCGGGCCAGGAUGGAGCGUCUGCUGAAGGAGCUGCUGCUGGAGAAACAGAAACUGGAGCAGCUGAAGGCUGACGUGAACAACAUGGAAUAUGACGCCCUCCAGAGACGCUUCCGACGAGUCAACUCCACUAGUCUCAUUCCCAGACCUGAAGAGAUGACCCGAUUGCGGAAUCUGAACAGACAGCUGCAGAUUGAUAUCGACUGCACCCUGAAGGAGACAGAUCUGCUGCAGUCUAGAGGGAAGUUUGACCCUAAUGCCAUGAGCAACUUUUAUGACAACAUUCAGCCUGGUCCAGUGGUGCCGCCCAAGCCUGGGAAGAAAGAAGGGGAGCAGGGCUCCAAACUGGUGGCGGGGCCCCAGAGGGACGAGGACUUCGAAGGUGCCCAGUGGAACUGUGAAAGCUGCACCUUCCUCAACCACCCUGCACUCAACCGCUGUGAACAGUGCGAGAUGCCGCGCUAUACCUGAGCUAGGCACUGCGUUAUAUUGCCCUUCCCUGCCGUUCCCUGCCACCCCCAGAUAGUAUAAGCCCCACCCUCUCAAAUUCUGCAGCUCCACGCAGAACGUCUUGCCUAUGUCUAGAGGCCCUCUUCCCUUGUCAAUCUAUAUAUAAGCCCCUCCUACCUGCUGAGGAAGAGCCACUGUUUCCCUCUGCCCACCUCCCUUGUUCCCUUCAACUACUUCCAUGCACUUUGACCCUUGUUUCCAUUGGCGGAUGACAAUGCUUUUCCAAGACAGUAAAGAGACUGUUCCCAUGGCAUUGUAUAAAAAAGGGAGUGACAAGCUGCGACCAGGAUAGCAGGUGGGCGGGGCUUGAGAACUGUCAGAAUGAAUGAGAAUUAAGAGGAGCUACGGUUUACCGAGCGAACAUUCCAUGCAGAAUGAGUGACUGCCCUGUUUACACAACUGCGCCUAUUCCUGAACUGAAAAUGGAGGCACUUCACUUUUAACCAGGAACUGUGACUCUCACUCUGAAAGUGGGAUGAUGAAUGCAAUGGUAUAUAGGGUCUGACUAAUGCGUUAUGUAGACUGUACACUGUAUCUGGCUCUGUGUAAGAGCUCCUUUCAUUGAAUGAAGAACACUAAAGAGACUCGCAUAUGAAUAUAUUCCUGGUACUUUUAUGCAUAUUAUGCCACACUGUAUUCCGUGUUCAAAAGAUGUUAAUUUCCUGUGCAAAUGCCUCAAGUUGCUGUACUUAAUAAAGGAGCUGAUUCUAUGUGACCUGA